AUGAAAAAAGCAUUUACUUUUGCAGACUUAAGUACAUCUAUUUAAUCAGGAAUAAGUAAUCGUUAAACACAACUCUCUACAUCUAGCAUAUAAAUAAGGUCUGCAAGUCUAAGAAAAGCAAUUUAUAGACUGAAACAAGAAAAUAGAAUUUCAUAAAUGGGAAUCAGUUCAAUAAGCAAUACAAAAGUAUUAAAUUGAAUUUAUGUUUAGGUUCCUAAAAACUAGUCUUAUUUUGAAAUCAAGAUGGAAUAAAAGCAUAAUCGAAUAUCUAAUCCUUCUUAGGAACCACAUAUGAAUAUUAAUAAAUUUGAUCAUAAAUAAGAAAUCAUUAGAAGUAUCAAUUCACUCUAACAAUAUUGCAAGAGUCAAAAAGCACUUGAAAUAGCUGUUCAAAAAUAUUCUCUAAAGAAGUCGUUUAAAGGAUCAUCUGAUUUAUCAACUGUAUCUACUUUUGUUGAUAAAUUAAAUAGAGAUGUCGUAAAAAGAAAAUCUAAAGUGAUAUAGGAUGUAAUGAAACAAGAACUAAGGAAAAGAAUACCUAAAAAGUAGAAGGAAAUCAAUUAUGAAUUGGAUUCAAUGUUCAAAAAUUAUAAAUCAUUCUCUUAAUUGUGUUUGAAUGAAAAUACUAGCAUUCAAAAAGAGAAGGUCUAUAAUGGAUAUUUGAAAGUAUAUAAUUCUGGAAAGAAUGAUAGAAUAUUCUUAGAGAAGAUUGAGGAAAGAAAAAAGAGUCUUAGUGAAGAAUCUGAAGAAUAUCGAGCAUUUCUAGGUGAAAUAGAUGAAGCUACUAUUCAAAGAGAUGUAUAUAAAAAUAAUAUUCGAAAUCCCUUUCUAGAUGAUAAAGUCACUGUUAUGUAAAUGAAGAAGGAUGGGUUUUUGAAAAGAAGAGUGACAUAUUCUUGA